CUUCCUGUCCAGCUCGGCGUGGUGAGCAGCGAGCAGCCGAGCACUAUCAUUUCAUCCCCCAUUGUUAUCGCUGCGAGGCUUGGCGGCUGCUGUUGCUACAUUGUACGUAUUCAAGUUCAGUAGUCUUCAUAUUGCUGUUCAAGACACGACCACAAAUAUCCUUAAACAAGAGUAACCUAAAGCAAAGCUCCAAGCAAGAUGGGGAAACAUAAGAAGCAAGAGAAAAGGCCCAAGAGUGACUCUGAAUCUGAUUCUGACUCAGACUCUGGACCUGAUGACAGGAAUCAACCAGCACCAAAGAAGUCAAAGGGUGAAGGCUCUGCUUCAAAGAGGCUUAAGACUGACAAAGGAGAGACUUUCUUUGAGCUGGAGCGAAACCGUCGUGUCACCAUCAGAGAGUUCAAAAACAAGCUGUUCAUUGACAUCCGUGAAUUCUAUGAGAAGGAUGGGGAAUAUCUGCCAGGGAAGAAAGGUAUCUCAUUGAGCGCAAUCCAGUGGAACAAACUGAAAUCCAUGAUCCCUGACAUUGAUGAGGUGGUUCAAGAGAUGUCUUAAGCAGCCCCUGACUGCUGUACACCAAAUUUAUGACUAAAGAUUUAUUGCAUUAUGUGAAAUGUUAGUACAUAGUGUAUUGCUACACAUUUAGUCAGGAAAGUAUAUUAUGAGUCAUUUGUUUCUUUUUUUUUAAUGUAAUAUCAGGAUGUAUGUCAUAAUUUGGAUCAAUAAAUUUCUUUUCUAA